AUGCCUCCCAAAAAAGUAGCCGCAAAGCCUCCGCCUUCUAUCUCCAAAAACACAGAUAUUGACUCCCUAUUCGACGGUAUCGACGAUAUCUCCACUUCCUCCAAACCCACAGGCCAAUCCGACUCAAAACCCCGCGGCUCCCUCUCUGCUGAUGCAGACGCCGACGAAAAAGCUCUAUUAGCCGAGAUUGAAGGGUUGACAGCAGAACACCGAGCUCCGUCUCGUCCUGUCACACCGAGUCUUCGUGCUACAGCAGGUGUAAACGCCGCUGCGAGAGCUAGUUCUGAAAGUUUGAGGAAGAAAGCUGCGACGGCACGUGCCCCUGUUGCUACUGCUAAACCCGCGAAAGUGGAGAGUGAAGAUGACGAAGAGGGUGAUGAUGAUGACGAUGACGAAGAUGACGAAGAUGAUGAGGAAGAGGAAGAAUAUGAUGAGAAAACUGGAGCUGUGAAAUCGAAACCACAUAGGCCAAUUCAACCUCAAGAACAACAGCAACAAGGCGGCGGAUGGUGGGGAGGACUAUGGUCCACCGCAUCAGCUGCAGCUACUGUCGCCCAGUCCACAGCUCAAAAUGUCUACAAAGAAAUUCAAUCCUCCGAAGAAGCUCAACGGUGGACUAAACAAGUCAAAGGCUCCGUCGACGGAUUCCGUGAACUAGGCGGAGAACUCCAAAAACGUGCUAUCCCAACAUUUACUACCCUCCUCCACCACAUCGCCCCUCCGAUCUCUGCCCACGAACGUCUCCACAUACACACAACCCACGACCUCCAAAACUACCCCUCCUUGGACCCAAUAAUCCACCAUGUCUUCUCCCGCGUAAUGCAACAGGUCGAAGGUGGCGACCUCCUUGUUAUUCAACGUGGCUCUGAAGCCACCAACAAACACAAUAGUAGUCUAUCCGCUGGUUGGGGUGGCGGUCCCUGGUGGCGUGAUGAACGCAAACGUGAAUUAGGCACGAUAAAGGGCCUCGAAGCUGGUGUAAAACUCGCAAAAGCUACUGCUGAGGGAUUCGCAAAUGAAUACGCUUUAAGAAGUCCCAGCCUUGAAAAGAAACAAAUCGAUCCAGACAACCCGGUGCGCAAAAGCGAUAUUUUCUUGGCUGUUCAGCCGGUUACAUAUCCUUGCCCAUUCACGACUAUUACGGCAAAAUCAGAGGAUGGAGAUGUAGUCGAAGAGGUUUUAAGCUUCGCAAUAUAUCUAUCUGAUCCUAAGCAUUCACUGGAGUUCACGACUAUGUCCCAGACCUGCCCAGCGAAGUGGGGAGAGUGGAUGGACGCUGAAUUCGAAGAGUUGCCGGAGGAUGUUCAAAUGGGGCUUGCUAAUGGAGCUGUUGACCCACGAGAAUGGGUCGCAGAGUGGAUGGAGGAGACGAUUGCCUUGGCGGUGGGUAUCACCGCACAGAGGUAUGUAAGUAAGAGAAUGGGCGUUGGAGAAGGACUUGGGAAGGGGAAGGCGGUGGAUUUGGAGGGCAGACAGGAAGUAAAUCUCGGUGGUGAGGCCGGGGUUUUAUAA